CUCGGCAGACGAACGAGCUAGAGAACGAACCUUUAUCUAACUUUCCUGCAGAGCUGCCUCGCAUUGAAGUAAUUACUGUUUGCAAGCGAGCGUGAAGCUUGGAAACCAUUUCUACAUCGGAUAACGCUAAACGUUGUUGAUAGGCUGACGUCAGGGUGACGUCACGGUUUAGUCAUCACGUGGCCAGGUGACGUCAUUGUUGUGCUACAUAAACACGCAGAGGACUAGAGCCAGAAAGAUAUUGCAACGAAACGUCGUAGAGAGAACACCUACAACUGAGAAAGCUAACAACAUGAUAUUAGACAGUGAUAGCAUUGAGCUUUCGGAGCUGCUGUCGUACGGCGGAUACUCGGACUCCGGCCUGCUGACGAUGCCGCAGGUGACCGACGGCAAGGCAGUCGCGACUCCCGUGAGCUGCGACGACGACGCCGCGUACGUGCCCGACCUCGACGCCGUGCUGAAUCUUGACGACUACGUAGACUGCUACGCGUCAGCGUACCUCACGCCCGCCGCGAAGGAAGACUCCUUCACCCACUUCAAGGUGAAGAAGGAGGAGGCGGCAGAGGAGGAGGAGGAGUUUGGAGCUGACAUGCUGCGCAUGAAGAGGGAGGUCGUGGACGAGGUCGGGUGCCUGGCCGUGUCGGCAGCGGUGAAGGACAUUGAGACGGCAUGCGACAUCCUUGACAUUCAUCCAGAUCCUUAUGUGUGGACGGUUGGUGACGUGUGCAAGUGGCUGCAGUGGACGGCUCACCACUACAACCUGCCCAUCGUGCAGUUGGACAACUUCUACAUGAGUGGCGCCACCUUGUGCUCGCUGACCGAGGAGCAGUUCAAGCAGUAUGCUCCGGACUUUGGCACCGUCUGCUACGCCGAGCUCGACAUUUGGAAGAGUGCGUCCGUGUACACGAAGCAGCCACAGUCUCUGACCGUCAUGCCAGCGGCGAUGGAGACGAGCUACAUGGACAUGUCCACGCUCAUCGACCAGUGGGCGUGCGGAGCCGCGAGUCCUAGUCGCUCCAGCGAGGUCUCCAGCGAACACAGCGUCGAGAUCCUCAGCGACAGCGAGACGGAAGAAGCGCCCCCUAGCAACGUGCAGCGUCACAGCACGACGAUCCACCUGUGGCAGUUCCUCAAGUCGCUUCUGAGCGAUCCGGCGAAAUACGGAGCCGCGAUUCGCUGGGUGGAUCGACCCCGAGGUAUAUUCAAGAUUGAGGAUUCGACGGCGGUGGCGAAAGCGUGGGGUCAGCGUAAGAACCGACCGGCAAUGAACUACGACAAGAUGAGUCGCUCACUGCGGCAGUACUACAAGAAGGGCAUCCUGAAGAAGACUGAACGUUCACAGCGCCUUGUCUACCAGUUCUGCCCGGCCUACCGCAUGUAGUGUCGCCCCCUAACAGACAGCGCCAACAUUCCCAAUGCGUUCCCCUGUAACUCAACGCGGUGCUGCGUCGCUGAGGGCGCGCCUCUUGUCUGAUCGCUUACAACCGGUCGCCAGUUUGUGGUUUGCCGGCUGGCGAAUGAGAACGAGAGGCGUCAGGGUGGUGAAGUGAAAUGUCACAGAAAGCAGGAUGUAAAAGUUGGCCACUGGUUCGUUUGCAUGAGCUCUGAUUUGUUUAGCGAGUCUGUAGAAUGGGCUGGAUCCCAGUCGCUAUGCAAUCUGUAAAGUGUACAUAUCGUUAUUUAUUUUCUACCACUGUUUUUUUUUGCCAAAGCGGUGCAUAUACUUCCCAGUAGUGGUGGAUCACCGUGUAUAGUUGUUGUUGUUAUUAUGAAAUUUGAUAAAGUUAGUAAAAGUAGCUAUUUUUGAUAGCCUCGUUGCCGUUGCAAGAAGGCACAAGCCAGCCACAAGAAUACUAAAUGGUGUCUGUGGAAAUAAAACCUAAAUCUUAUGUCUAUAUCUAUGAUAAUGCCCAAGUAUGUUCUGUGAACAAAUGGUAAUAUACCUAUUCAAACUAUUAACUUUUAUUUAAGCCUAUAACCCCAAAACAAAUUAUUCAUAUACAUCCAGUGCUUUCCUAUACCAGAAGCAUAAUAUAGAUCUUCCACUAAUUCGACUAGUUUUGCUAUGAAUUUUGUAUUUGUGAUGUCUAAUAUUUAACUGAGUUUCUGCCGAGUGCGUGUGCCAACUAGCAAGGCAUCAACUUUGACGAAAUGACUGAAACCGGAUGUCCGCGUGUAAUAUGCAAGUUGAAUACGUAGAGUGAUAAGUUUGUGAAAGAAUUUUCUGUUGACGAGAGUAUAUGGAUGGGAUAUCCCAUUACUGGAUUUUAACUUUUGUACUUCAAGUGUACAUAUAUAUGUAUAAUAUAUAUGAUCAGGAUAUUAAUAAAAAGUAUUAUUUAUAUAUAA